CAGCCAACGUGAUUAAAUUUUUCUCUUUUGGAUUGGCAUCGCCCAUUCGCCCUAUUUCUACUCAUUUCCACUCAAUUUCACAACCACCACAAAAUUCUCCUCUACGUGUCACAAUUACUGGUUUCUGUUUUUUUUUUUUUGAAAUCGCUGGUUUCUGUUUUCAUUUCUCAUAAUAACAAUCUAAAUUUGGUUUCUCAAUUAUCUCGCGGUUGCAACCGAUUUCGGUUCAUAUAUAGGAGCAGAGAAUUUAUUCUGUGUCAAAACCUUUGGAAUCUGUUUGUCUAAAUGCCUUUGCAUUGGCUAAUUGAUUGAUCACUGUGUAGAAAUUCCCUUUGUUAGUGGGAAGGUUUUGAAGAAAGGUUUAAUUGAGCUUCUGGAGAGAAGCUGUUGGUUUUAUAACUCUGGCCGACCCUCUUGUGAAAUUUGCUCAAACCAGAGCAGAGGGUGCUUCUCUCUUUUCUGGUUCUCCAUGUUCAUUGUCACCAUUUUUACCAUCAUUUUCAAUUGGCUCAUUGAUUUGGCCCCUUCCGAUUGAUUAUGGUUAAAAUUUUGUUCUCAAGCAUCUUUGUGUAUGAUAUCUGCUUUUUAAUCACUUAGCAUAUGCUUUGAGAUGUAACCUUUAGUAGUCAAAUUUAACUCUUCAUAAAUAGAAGGUGCAAAAGAAAAAGAUUGUGAAAGAGCGCUUUUUUAAUAUUGUGGUGGAAUCUUGUUUUGCAACUUCUUCGAAAUGACGAAAUUCAUGUCCUGCUUUAAGCUUCCCGUGGAGAAGAAGGAAAAAAAGGCUGAUAACGAAUCACCAAGAUCUGUUGAUGUCAACAAGGGGCGCAAAAGCUUGAAAAUUAGGCUAGAGCAGCCAGUAAAACCUUUUGAGAGUGAUGAGUUGAAAACUACAUCUUUUAGCGUGUCAGUGGAAUCAGGAUCUCCAAGUGUCCAGAGUGACUCUAUUGGUGCCAAGGUAAUGAGCCAAGAGAGUUUUGUCGGGGAUGAAGCUCCAGAGAUUGCAUAUGAGGGGGAAGAUGAGCAGGAAGAAACAGCUUCAAUUAAGAGGGAAUUGUCUAAUUGUGAUCUCCAAGCCAAUACACCUAGUUCAUGUGAACAAUGUGUUUCGGAUAGUCUAAACUCUGGUUUUUCGAAUUCAUUUGAUAUCAACGAUAUUGACCAACUUGGAGGGAAAGCUGAGAAUGGUAAUGAAAUCAAUAUUGAUGAGAUUCAAAGCGGACAUGUUAGUGAUCCUGGGAUGGGAAAGGCCGCUUUAUGGGGUUCACCUAAGCUUAAGCGGUCUUGCUCUAAUCUGGAAACAAACAAACAUCUGAGAGAAAAAGCAGAUCAAUUGACUCCUUCAAAAUCCGAGUAUUCUGGAAAAUCACUUGAAUUAGACGAGGAAUUGAGAAAUCCCGGUAGCCCUUCAUCCGUAACCAGCCAUCGGAGUGCUGACAGAGUGAUGUUAAAGAAGCACUCUUCGAGCCAAGUUUUACCCUCCAGGAGUAGAAGGCUAUGGUGGAAAUUGUUUCUGUGGAGUCACAGAAAUCUGCAUAGACCGAGGAUUGAGAAACCGAAGCCUCAAGUUGUUACUGCUACAAACCAGCAAUGUGGGUACAAUUCAGAUACAGUUGAACCAAAUAGAGCUCUGACGUCGAGCAACAUGCUAUCAGCUGAGUCAUUUACCGCAGAAUCUUUGAGUAAAUGCUGCAACAAUAAUGAAGACGACAAUCAGAGCUGGGAUGGUUUUCAUGGCGAGGUUUCUGGUCAAUGGCCUCAAAAACAGUGGGUUGCUUUCUCCAUGGAAACAUCACCCUUUACAAGAGUGGAUGAGUGGGUAAAAGAUCUCGAGACUCAAGUGCCACCUAGUAAUGAUGCUAGUAACAGCGGCGAGGGCAAUGUCUUGUCUACUGCUGAGGCUGGCAGAUCACCACCAAGAGGCAUGGCCAACUCGACUCGACGUCCCGACAUUAUUCUCUCGGAGGAGAUCGUACAAGCCAAUGCUGUGAUUCAAUCUCUGAAUGGCAGCUCAACCGUUGCUCACAUCUCCGGUAUUGGCUUAAAAGCCAUUCCCACCAUAUCGUGCUUCGUCAGUCUUAGAUCUGUCAACUUAUCAAACAAUUUCAUAGUGUAUAUCAACCCAGGAUCACUGCCGAAAGGUCUUCACACACUCAAUUUGUCGAGAAACAAAAUCAAUGCCAUUGAAGGACUCCGAGAAUUAACUCGAUUGCGAGUACUGGAUCUUAGUCACAAUCGUAUUUCUCGAAUCGGACAAGGGCUGUCAAAUUGUACAAUGAUCAAAGAACUCUAUCUUGCUGGGAAUAAGAUUAGUGAUGUGGAGGGAUUGCACAGACUCCUGAAGCUUACAGUGUUAGAUGUGAGCUUUAACAAGAUAACAACAACAAAAGCUCUAGGGCAGCUUGUUGCUAACUACAACUCGCUUAAAGCGUUGAACUUGCUGGGCAACCCAAUUCAGAGCAACAUCAGCGAUGAUCAGCUACGGAAAGCACUUUGUGGACUUCUUCCAAAGCUUGUGUACUUAAACAAGCAACCCAUUAAACCACAAAGAGCGAGAGAGGUUCUUACUGAUAGUGUGGCCAAAGCAGCUCUUGGAACCAGCAGCGGUUUGAGCUCUCGCAGAAGAGUAGUGAAGAGAGCAAGCAUCGGCGGUUCAACCUCCUUUAACGCGCACAGAAACAGUGUUGUUGCUAAACCUAAAAGCAAGAUCAGAUCAAAGGGUCAAACUCACCAAGUAAGAACUGGAUCAUCAACGCGUGCCUCUUAAUCCAACCUUUAAAGUUUUCAUGAUUGUGAAACUUUUCCAAUAAAUCUGUGUGUUUUAGUCAUCACUGGAAGUCUGCUUGCGAGUUGGACAUUUCUGGAUCCAUUAAGGGAAAUUUUUUUCUGUAUGUUGGACCUCUACAUUGGCAAUUGUAAGUAAUGUUUUCCUAUUCCAAAAAAAAAGUAAUGUUUUCCUCUUUGCAAA